AUGACCUCGAUUGAUCGCAUGUCCCCGCUGGACCUGCUACAGAUGAAUCGAACGAAUCUGGACCCGCUGACCGAGAACUACGAUCUGGGCUUCUACCUCAACUACUUGACCCGAUGGCCGUCGCUGUGCAACGUGAUUAAGGACCGUGACGCUGGGGUUGUGGGUUACAUCAUGGGCAAACUCGAAGAACAGCCCACCGCGAUGCGUGCCUCAGAGCACUAUACCCCAUGGCACGGACAUAUCACAGUAUUGACCGUUGCACCUGAAUGGCGCCGACUUGGCUUUGCCACCCGCUUGACCGAGCAGCUUGAGCAAGCCUCAGAUGCCAACAACGCCUGGUUCGUCGAUCUCUACGUUCGAGCAGGGAACAAGGUGGCGGUCGACAUGUACAAGCGAAUGGGAUACUCUGUCUUCCGUCGCGUCGUCAACUAUUACAGCGAUGACCCAACGGGCAUGUCGGAGUCCGGAGAAGAUGCAUUUGAUAUGCGGAAGCCGUGUAGUCGAGACAAGAAGCUUGAGCAUGUGCGAGACAAGGGCGAGACCUUCUUAGUUUCCCCUGAAGACGUGUCUUGA